AUGCGCAGCUCUCCACUGCCUCCUACCCUUCCUGCGUCCUACGUAACCCUCCAUCCCCCAAACCCCAUUCCUGCGCAGUCUUCCACCAUCACCCAUUCAUACGUAGCCCUCCACCACCCCUACCCCUCCUUCCGCAGCCCUCCACCACCCCUACCCCUCCUUACGCAGCCGUCUACCACCACCAUCUUCAUGCGCAGUCCUCCAUCGCCCCUACCCCUCCUUAUGCAGCCGUCUACCUCCAUCCUCUUCCUGUGCAGCCCUCAGUCGCCCCUACCCCUGCUUACGCAGUCCUUCACCACCGCCCUCUUCAUGCACAGUCCUCCACCGUCUCCAGCAUUCCUGCGUAGCAAUCCUACCCCUUUCUGA